GAUUCAAGCAAAAUGACAUUAAAGGUACUCGCACUUCUCGCCCUUGUGGCCACUGCCAUCGCCAGUCCUCAGACCUACGGUUACGGUGCUCCUGGUCCCGAUUUCGGACCAGCCAAGUACGACUUCAACUACGCCGUUAACGACCCACCCUCUGGCAAUGACUUCGGCCACCAGGAGUCUCGCGAUGGAGACUUCACUCAGGGUUCCUACUACGUCCGCCUUCCCGACGGUCGCCUGCAGACGGUCAACUACAACGUGCAAGGAGAUUCCGGCUUCUUGGCUGAGGUCAGCUACGAGGGUCAGGCUCAAUACCCAACCCAGCCACGUGCUUACACACCUGCCCCUACCUAUGGUUAAAGUGUUAACUGCGAUAUUAGUAAAUAUCUAAACUGUGUAAAUUUGAAUGUAUCAAUUGCGGAAAGCAGGGGUAUAUUAUCUUCCAUGUCAAUACGCCACUAUUUUAAUAAAGAAUUUAUGUAUA